CUUAAAAGGAUUCAAAAUAAUAAGACUUUCGUGCACAAAACAAUUAAUUGAAUCAAUAAAAUUGUCGAUCAUGGAUGUGCCGACAGCUCCAAAACUUGCAACGCUAGCCUUUCAACAAUUUAAGUUAUUACCAAAAACCGGAAAACCUUCUGCCAGUGAAUGGACAAUUUUUUCGUCAAUUCUGUUGCACAGCGCGGCUGAAGAGAAAACUGAAGUGAUAUCAAUAGGAUGUGGCACCAAGUGUAUAGGUAAAAGUAAACUUUGCAGCCACGGCUUCAUCCUGAACGACUCCCAUGCAGAAGUGCUGGCUAGACGUGCUUUACUACGUUACAUUUACUACCAAUUGAAGCAAGCUUUAGUAAGUGAUUUAUGUAUUUUUCAAUGGGAUUCUGAAAACUUAGUAUUUCGACUACGGCCAGGCCUUAGUUUUCAUUUCGUUAGCACACAGACACCCUGCGGAGAUGCUUGCAUACACCAAAAUACAAGCGUGAACUCCUCCACUCAUCAUAAUCAUGAAAAUACUGAUGGACCAACUGCUACAAAAAGGGCAAAAAUUGAAAAUAAUAUCUCAAGUGAAACUGCCAAGUCUGCUGACAACGUAGGAUCUGUUCUAGAUGCGUCUGCUGAUAAUGCCAUCUAUACUGGUGCAAAACUAAUUGGCUUAGAUGAUCAGCAGGAUGCCAUGCUGCAAAAAAUAGGCGCCGUGCGUACAAAACCCGGGCGUGGCGACCGCACACUUUCUAUGUCGUGUAGCGAUAAAUUAGCGCGAUGGAAUUUGCUUGGCGCACAAGGAGCGCUGCUGGAUUCCCUACUUGCAGAGCCUAUCUACUUCAAAUCACUUAACUUUUGUGGUAACCCUCACAACGAACCAGCUAUAAGACGUGCCAUCUAUGAGCGUUUUAUUGAUAGACAUUUUACUUCUUGUAAAUAUAAAAUUCAAAAGCCAGAAAUUCGCUUUGUUCCGGGAAUUACGUUUGAUUAUGCUGAGGAUAAUGACCGGCGGAAUCCAUCACCUACUGGACUUUGCUGGUGUAAUAUUGAUGAACAUUUAAAGCCUUAUGAAAUAUCUGUAAAUGGCAAGCGGCAAGGUGUCACCAAAAAACGAAUGAACACUCCACAGGCCGCCCUUAAAAUUGCCAAAUAUCAUCUCAUGAAUGAAUUUGUAGAACUAUUAAGGUUGGAACCGAAGUUGGCGGAAAAAUUUCAGAUCAAUCAAAAUCAACUUUCCGAAAUGAAAUACAACCAAUUUAAACAACUAGCAAAUGACUAUCAAAGCACAUGGGCACUGGCAAAACAAAUUUACUUUCAACAGUGGACGCAAAAACCUCCAAGUUUGUUGGCAUUUUGUUUGACUGCAGUAGAAACAUAAAUGCAAAAAAAUGUGUUCGAGGGUACCUGAAAAGUUAAUCGAAGGAUGAAGACAUUAGACUAGUAUUCAAUUUGUGUUAGUAUAUCAGCGCUAUUUUUAUAACGGCAUGCAUUAAUGUUGUACCUGUGUAUGCUGUAGGAAGUAUGUAGUUAUGAUAGAAACACAUAUUUGAAAGUGAAAUUUUCUUAAUUCAUUUAUUUAUAAGUAUAAGUCCGCUAUAUAUUGAAUGUAUAUGUGUAUAUAAGAGUAAAUAUGUAUAUGGAGGAUUUUUAUGCAAUUCUAUAAAGAAUAUUUACAAUGUUUGCUUACAAUCAAUC